AUGGAGAACGACAAGGGAGAGAUCGUCGAUCUCUACGUGCCCCGCAAGUGCAGCGCCACCAACCGCAUCAUCAAGGCCAACGACCACGCCUCUGUCCAGCUCUCCGUCGGCAAGGUUGACGAGAACGGCCGUUACACUGGCGAGAACCAGACCUACGCUCUUUGCGGCUUCAUCCGUGCCCGCGGCGAGAGCGAUGACUCCUUCAACCGCCUGACCCAGCGUGAUGGCUACCUCAAGAACGUGUGGGCCGCCUCCAGCCAGCGCUAA